UUCAUCAUCAUGAGCCAAUGCAUAAACCUCAUGAGCCAGAGAAACCUCAUGAGCCAAUAGUUCAUCAUCAUGAGCCAAUGCAUAAACCUCAUGAGCCAGAGAAACCUCAUGAGCCAAUAGUUCAUCAUCAUGAGCCAAUGCAUAAACCUCAUGAGUCAAUAGUGAAACCUCAUGAGCCAAUGGUGAAACACCAUGAGCCAAUGCAUAAACCUCACGAGUCAAUAGUACAUCAUCAUGAGCCUAUGCAUAAACCUCAUGAGCCAAUAGUAGAUCAUCAUGAGCCAAUGCAUAAACCUCAUGAGCCAAUAGUGAAACCUCAUGAGCCAAUGCCUCAUGAGCCAAUAGUACAUCACCAUGAGACAAUGCAUAAACCUCACGAGCCAACAGUACAUCAUGAGGCAAUGCAUAAACCUCAUGAGCCAGUAGUGAAAUCUCAUGAGCCAAUGCAUAAACCUCAUGAACCAAUAGUACAUCAUCAUGAGGCAAUGCAUAAACCUCAUGAGCCAAUAGUACAUCAUCAUGAGGCAAUGCAUAAACCUCAUCAGCCAAUAGUACAUCAUCAUGAGGCAAUGCAUAACCCUCAUGAGCCAGUAGUGAAAGCUCAUGAGCCAAUAGUACAUCAUCAUGAGGCAAUGCAUAAACCUCAUCAGCCAAUAGUGAAACCCCAUGAAUCAAUAUUAGAAUCUCAUGGACACAUACCAACACAGCCAAAAAGGGAAUCUCAUAAACCAGUACCAGAGUCAGAGACAAUGCAUGGAUCUGUACUGCCAAAAGUAGAGACAGUUUCAUCAGUACACAUGUCACAUGAAUCAGUACCAAAGCAUCACAUCUUAGGACCAAAACAUGAGGAUAUAAAGUCAGUACUACAGAAACCAAAGGAGUCAGAAGAAGAGGAGGAAGGGUCUCAUAAACACACAGCUGUUGAAGAUCCACACAAACACUCAGAAGAGCAUGGUAAAGGAGAGGGUGAAGUAAAACCCAUUCAUAAGUGGGAGAGAGAAGAUGAAGAGAAUAAAAAAGCUCUUCUGAAGUUCUUACUAUCUGGAGGGCAACAGACCGUACAGCUAAAAGGCAUCAUAUAUGACGACUUCAAAGGACAGAUCAGAACUGACAGGAAGUGAAGUGGGAGAGAGAGAGGGGCAGGAUCGGGAAAGUUCCACGAGUUAUGAUUUGAACACGGGACGCCCAUAGCGUAACAGUACUGUAUUUUAAAAUUUUAAAAGUCAUGUUAAAAAGUUGCGUAAAACGAUUAAAGCAAAUCUUACCAGCUUUAGAAUAAUACGAAAUUGUUUAACAUAUGAUCAUGCUUUUUUGUUUUUAAAUUCGAUGAUAUUAUCACACAUGGCAU